GGGGCUGCGGGGCGGGGCGGGGCGGCCGCCAUGGCGGAGCGGCGCAGCGCAGCAGCGGAGGGUCUGAGCCGCCUCUCCGAGUGGGCGGACGCGCACCUCAGCCUCGUGCGGAGUCUCAGUGCCGGCGUGGCGGUGGCCGGGCUGCUGGUGCUGGCCAGGAGCGUGCGGCUGACAACGAAGUUUACGAGUGCUUUGGACGUACCCGCAGGGUUUGUAGAAAAGAAUGUGAAAUUGCGAGGGAAAGUGCGUCGUGUCACUGAGAAGGGUCUGGAAGUUGAACACGUUCCCAUUAGUGUUCCUUUCAUUACCUCAAUACAGAGAAAAUGGCAGUCCGAGGGUCUCUUGUUGGUGAGACUGGCCGGCGUGGAGCUGACCCCCGAGGGCACGGUGUGGCUGCAGAGAGAGCUGAAACCCUCACAGGGCCGAUUUUCCAGCGUGUGCUUAAAUGAAGAGGUCCUGAGAGAAGGGCUUGGAAGAGCAGCAAGGAUAGAAGGACUGCAGCAUGAUUCUCACCUGUUCUGGGAGCUGCACAAAAGACUUCUCCGAGCAGAGCUGAAAGCCUUGAGGAAAAACAAGGGGAUAUGGAAAGAAGAAAGCUUCUCCGAAAGGAUUAGAGAUCGGAUGAGCAACAGUAAAUUCAUGCGGACAUUGAAACGCUUUGUGAGCUGGUUGAGAAGCUAAGCUGAAGGGUGGGAAGGGAGGCUGGACGGGAAGCAGGGCAGUUCUCUGUGCUACAUGCUUCGUGUAAAGUGUAAGUUAAUGCUCACAAGUGCCAGCACUUGGGGUUCCUUGCCUUGAACAGAAAACCCAAGAACUACGGCGUGCUGUCUCAUGUAAUCUGUAUGGGAGUGAAGUGUAGUGAUAUCAGGCAGGACAAGAAUGGAAGUGUGGUUAAACUAAACUGUUCCUCAGCAUCCUAAGUGACGUGUCUGGUUCCCCCUGCUGGGUACCCCGCAGCUGUGAGCAGCAGUGACGUUCUCCUGAUGGUUGUAGAAAUACUUGGAUCAGAUGGACAUCAUCCUUUUGGAGUUGGAGAAAGGGGACCAGAGCACAGCAGGGACUCGCUGUGUUUCUCAGAGCGCUGUGAGGUGUGUGAUUGUGUCUGUAAACAAUCCCAGAAUAAAGACUGAAUUUCUUA